CGCGCCGCGCACAUGUGCCCCCGCCGUCUCCCCGCAAAAGCGCAGCGCCACCGUCCCGCCGCCGCCGCCGCCCGUUGGUUUCCUUCGUUUUUUUCCCGCUCCACGCCGCCGCGGAGGCGCGAUCGCGUGCGAGAAGCCCUAACUCGAGCUCUGGACUCCAGCCCAGAGCCCGGGCGACGCGUGGUCGCCCAUACUCGGAGGUCCCGGGUCCCUGGAGGCUUCGAUGCAGAACCACGCGUACAGCCGGCUGGGCAUCUCGGGGACCGGGGCGGUCGUGCCGUCGCCUCCGUCGUCGCCGCGGCGCGCGUGGGGGAGGAGGGCCUCGGCGAAGGGAGGAUGGUCUGCGAGGGCCAGCGCGGACGCGGGCUGGGGCGGGGGCGCGGUGCGGAGGGUUGCGCGAGCGGUGCUUGCGGCGCUGCUGCGGCGGCAGGCUGUGUUCCUCUUUGCGCCACUGCUGUACGUGGCGGCGAUGCUGCUCUACAUGGGCUCUAUCUCGCUCGACAGUGUGCCCCGCAUCAUCCCGCGCCCGGCGCCCGGGUCAAUGUACCGCAGCCCGCAGCUCUACGCCCGUCUCCGCGCCGACAUGGACGCCGAUAAUGCCACCGACGCGCUAGCAGCUGUAUGGCGGCAUGCUUACAGAGGUGGUGUUUGGAGACCUUGCAUAAGCAAUAAUACCAAUGGCUUGCCUGAAUCAAAUGGCUACAUAUACAUUGAGGCUAAUGGUGGUUUGAAUCAACAACGAACAUCGAUUUGCAAUGCAGUUGCUGUUGCUGGCUUUCUGAAUGCGACUCUUGUAAUCCCAAACUUCCAUUAUCACAGCAUUUGGAGGGAUCCUAGCAAAUUUAGUGAUAUCUAUGACGAGGAUUACUUUAUCGAACGCUUAAAAAAUGAUGUCCGGGUGAUUGACAAGGUGCCUGAGUUCAUAAUGGAGCGAUUUGGUCACAAUCUGAGCAAUGCAUUUAAUUUCAAGAUAAAAGCUUGGUCUCCUAUUCAAUUCUAUGAAGAUAUUGUUCUCCCUAAGUUGAUCGAAGAAAGACUCAUAAGGAUAUCACCUUUUGCAAACCGGCUGUCAUUUGAUGCUCCUCCAGCUGUUCAACGUCUACGAUGUCUAGCAAAUUUUGAAGCCCUAAAAUUUUCUAAACCAAUCACUACUAUAUCUAACACUUUAAUUUCUCGGAUGAGAGAAAAAAGUGCUGAAAAUAAUGGGAAAUAUGUAGCAGUGCAUCUCCGCUUUGAAGAGGAUAUGGUAGCCUUCUCUUGUUGUGUCUUUGAUGGUGGUGACAAUGAGAAGAAGGAACUGGAUGCAGCUAGGGAAAAAGGUUGGAGAGGGAAAUUUACAAGGCCAGGACGUGUAAUAAGGCCUGGAGCAAUAAGGAUGAAUGGGAAAUGUCCACUGACUCCUUUGGAGGUUGGAUUAAUGCUGCGUGGAAUGGGUUUUAACAAUAAUACUGCAAUAUAUUUAGCUUCUGGAAGGAUAUAUAAAGCAGAAAAGAACAUGUCUCCUCUCCUUGAAAUGUUCCCCCUCUUGCAGACAAAAGAAACAUUGGCACUGGAUGAAGAACUUGCUCCAUUCAAGAACUUCUCCUCAAGGAUGGCAGCUAUUGACUACAGUGUCUGUGUUCAUAGUGAGGUUUUUGUGACCACACAAGGUGGAAAUUUUCCUCAUUUUCUUAUUGGGCAUAGAAGAUACUUGUAUGGUGGCCAUGCGAAGACAAUUAAGCCCGAUAAAAGAAGAUUGGCUAUACUCUUUGAUAGUCCACGUAUUGGAUGGAAGUCACUGAAACGUCAAUUGUUCAAUAUGAGAGCACAUAGUGACGUGAAGGGUAUUGAAAUAAAAAGAGCAAAUGAAUCUGUAUACACCUUUCCAUGCCCUGAUUGCAUGUGCCGUUCAAACAAAUGAGAAACUCCAAAUCCAUCAUGGCCAGAUAGCAUCUAAAAGUUGUAUCUUGACUCACUGACCCCAUUUCUUUCUCAGUGUCACGGCAUACCCACCCACUCCUUAAUCUUCAUAUGCAGUGUGGUGGUGAGAUGUUCCAUGUCCUCUAAGCAUCCCGACUGAGAUAUAUUGAAUCUUUACAUUUAACCCUGGCACUAACAAUACACUGAUCCAUGUCUAGAAUGUAUGUAACCAUAUCUAGGGCUAUUCCUUAACAGCCAGUGUUAAUCUGUUUGUGUAGUACUAAGAUCCCUUGUCCUCCUUGUACAUUGAUGAACCAUGAAGAAAUUGUCAUACACAAUUUUGUAGCAAGACGAAUAUUGUUUAUUUUGCCUUUUUUUUACUAAUUUCUCAAGUAUACUAUCUCAAUGAUUUGUCCUUUUGUUUGUUACUUAUUUAAUGUAUUACAUGUUUUUA